AUGCUUUCGCUCAGGAUUCUCGGCCGGGCCUUGCCCAAAACUUUGUCUCGCCAGCCUGCGGUCCGCUCUAUAUCAUCCAUCUCCAAAUUCGCACCUCGCCGGGCGCCAUGGCAGACGGCAUCGAAACUGUCGUACCCUGCGUUCUCAACCUCUGUCUCUAGGAGAGAACCGGCAGGUCAAUCGGACGAGGCGCUGAUUGCGAAACUCAACAACGAGCGACAGCUCGAGUUGCAGUCACAGACAGAUGACAAGCAAGCCAUCAUUGACGAAUUCCUCCAGAACAGCCCCUUCAAGCUACAUGACAAGCCUGGCUCACACGAGAUUGUCCUCGCGAGAGAUUUCGGCAAUGAGAAAAUCAAAAUCAAGUUGAGCGUAUCCGACAUCUCCGAAUACCCAGCCGAAGAUGAUUUUGAUGCCAUAGACGAAGAUGGGGCGCUUUCGGACGAGGAUUUUGGUGCAGGAAGAAAAACGGCCAACCAGUCAGGCGCAAGAGGAGGAAAGGUCGACGUUAUGCCCGAGGACAGCAUUGCCCCUGCUGACCGAGCUGAGGGUGAAGCCGAAGAUGAUCAGCCCUCUCCUGCCUACCCUGCUCAACUGACCAUCACAAUCACCAAGCCCGGUAACAAGGCGAUUGAGAUACGAGCUGUUGCCCAAGACGGCACCAUUGAGAUCGAGAACCUCAGUUUCUUCCCCAAGGAGUCGCUGCUGGAUGCGCAGAGUACGAAGGACGCAGCAGAAGCUCGGAGCCUCUAUGCAGGCCCGCCUGUCGACGAGCUUGACCCGGAGCUCCAGCAGAUGCUUCAGCAGUACCUUGAAGAGAGAGGUAUCGACGAGGAGCUCGCCAGCUUUCUCCCCGAGUAUAUGGACUACAAGGAGCAGAAAGAAUACGUCAAAUGGCUCGAAGAUCUGGAGAACUUCGUCAAGGAGUGA